GGGAAAGAAAAAAAACGAGUCACUGUUGUUACCAGCAACUCAAGGAGCGUACGUUUGUCGCCUGGGAAAUGUUCCUGUACAUUCUUGGACUGGUGGCUUUUUGGUUUGUGUUCCGCUGGUACAGGGAACUCUCAAGAGUACCCAAUAAAGGACAGAAAUAUGUCUACAUCACUGGCUGUGAUUCUGGGUUCGGGAACCUUCUGGCCAGACAUCUGGACAAGCUGGGCUUCCGUGUGAUCGCAGCCUGCUACACUGAGAAGGGGGAGGAUGAACUGAAGAAGGUCUCUACUGAACGAUUGAACACAGUCCACCUGGAUGUCGUCAGCACUGACAGUGUCAGCAAAGCAACAGCAUUCAUCAAAACCUUGGUUGGGGAGAAGGGUCUGUGGGCUGUGGUGAACAAUGCUGGAGUCUCUGUACCAUCUGGUCCCUGUGAUUGGAUGAACGUCGACGACUACAAGUCCAUGUUGGAUGUUAACCUUAUUGGAGUCAUUGGUGUGACUCUGAGUGUCCUGCCCCUCAUCAAGAAGGCCAGGGGCAGGGUGGUGAAUGUGGCCAGUGUGUUUGGGAGGAUAAGCGCCUUCGGGGGUCCCUACUGUGUGUCAAAAUAUGGAGUGGAGGCUUUCAAUGAUAGUCUACGGAUGAACAUGUCGUUUUUUGGAGUUAAAGUCCUGUGUCUGGAACCAGGAUUUUUCAAAACAAGUGUGACUGAUCUACAUCUCCUGAGAAAAAAUGUGAAGACAUUGUGGGACAAAUUGCCUGAAGAAAUCAAGGAUCAAUAUGGACAUGAUUACCCAGAGAGAGCAAAUGUUACAUUGGAGAAGAAUGUUGCGACGUUGCUGGAUGGGGACCUGAUGAAGGUUGUGAGCUGCAUGGAGCACGCCAUCUCUGCUGUCCACCCUCGUACCCGCUACUCACCUGGCUGGGAUGCCAAGUUCUUAUGGUUGCCUAUGUCCUACCUGCCAACGUGGAUCGCAGACAAAAUGCUCUUAAAAGAUAUGGCCAAACCAACAGGAUCUAUUCUUUAAUGUUAAUGGUUCUCUGACCGAAUGUAGGAGGAAGUCUUUAUUUACACCCACAGGAGAAGAAGAAAAAUGUCAUUGGAAAAAGGUGUAUAGCAUGGGAUUCAACCAAUGAAUGGGGAAAAAAAGAACACUAAUUUGUUUUCAAACUUAAACAGAGUUGUGAAUUGCAUUUUGUCUAGACAUUUGGAUUUGUCCUGUCUGUUUCCCUGGUCUGAUAAUAAAACCAAUGGAGAGAUUUUCAGUAAUUCAAAUGAAGCGGUGGUUGCAUUGAGUCCAUUUGAUACAUACAGUAAGUGAUAUUCUGUCUCUGUUAGAACUAUUAGCUUGUACCCUAGCUCACUGUAUGACUUGCAGCAAAUUCUUCCUAUUAAAAAGCUAACUCUUA